AUGGAUCAUUACUUGGACGACAAUAAUAAUGACGGUAAUAAUGCAGUUAUUGGUGAAUAUCUCAUGGGAAUGGUAGCUAUGUGGUGGGAAACUAGACGUAAUACCAGACCUCAUAUUGAUCAUUGGAAAGAUGAUUUUCACCCAGACAUUAGCUUUGUUCAUCAGUUUCUCUCUUACCUUCCACAACCUGCAAAUGGCCUAAUUCAACCAUCUACAUCCAACUUUACUGAAGAUCCUAUGAAUAAAUUAACUACAUUAAUGGAAGAGCUGGUCAUUUUAGUAAAAAAUAGUAAUAAUAAACCUAAAGAAACUUAUAAUGGAG